AUGGGGACCAAAUUUAUCCCAAAUUCCGCCAACCUCUACAUGGGGAAAUUUGAAGAAGAAUAUGUGUUUAACAACAACCCUCAUUUAAGUAAAAUUAAAUUCUGGAAAAGAUUCAUUGACGAUAUCAUCCUUAUAUGGGAAGGUUGUAGAAGCUCUUUUGUGCAUGCAGAGAGCAGAACCCUGGAGGCCGGUCUACUGACCUGCCGCUGUGUUAUAAUGAGGCUGGGAGACUUCUCUGCGGACAGCUGGCACCAGGUCAUCAGCCAGUCAGUGGGUGCUGUGCUCAUAUUGGUUCCUCUCAACAUCUCUGCAGUGUUGCAGGGUCCAGAGCAGAGUUUUAUGGAGCGAGAGAUGGAGCUGAUGUGGAAUGAAACUUUCCUUCCAAUCUACUUCGCUCUGGAAGAUACUGAGGUUCUAGACAUCUACCAUGAGAGCAAAGCGGUUUCCCAGUCACUGAGGUCUUCUUCAGCCUUGGAAGUGAUGAUCGGCAUGGUCACGGGAAGUGGCUUCCAGAUGACAACUGAAGAGGCACAAAGUAAACCCAUCAGAAACCCUGCCAUUGUCACCCUGGAGGGCCAGCUAGCAGGUCAGGGGAAUGUUCUAGAGUUGCCGACAGUGGCUAUAGUGGCUCAUUACGACUCAUCUGGUGCUGCUCCGUGGUUGGCCUUUGGGGCAGAUUCUAACGGCAGUGGCGUAGCCGCACUCCUGGAGAUGAUACGACUUUUCCACUUAUUAUACAGCAGCCGUCGCAACCAGGCCAGAUAUAACCUGCUGUUCUCUCUCACCGGUGGGGGGAAGCUAAACUAUGAAGGCAGCAAGCGCUGGAUAGAGAAGCAUCUGGAUCAGUCAGAAACCAGCUUACUACAGGACAAUGUUGCCUUUGUAAUCUGCCUGGACACAUUGGCUAAUGGGAACUCUCUGCAUCUUCAUGUGUCUAAACCCCCACAAGAGGGAACCGCUCAUUGGGAAUUCACAAGGGCGCUUCAGGCAGUUAUUAAGUCGCCCCCUUUUCUCAGCGUUAAUUUCUCAAUAGUCCAUAAGAAGGUUAAUUUGGGUGAGGAGAUGUUGGCGUGGGAGCAUGAGCAGUUCAGUCUUCGGCGCAUCCCAGCAAUGACAGUGUCACACUUGGAGAGUCAUAAGCAUGGACUGAAGAACUCCAUCUUGGACACAAGGUCUCACAUUGAUAUGAAGAAACUUAAAAGGAAUACGCAGAUUCUGACUGAAGCUCUGGCCAGAUUUCUGUAUAAGGAAACUAUAACAGAUCCUUCAGAGACACUGCAGAUCUUUCAGGGGGAGCUGGAGGUGCAGGAGUCUCGGCUAGGCGCCAUACUAGACUGCUUGGUGGCACAGCCGAGAGCAGCGCAACUGAUUGGGAAGAACCACCCCCUGCUGUCUACCAUAGAGCAUCUCUUCCGCCAGCACCUGAGUGAUGUCAAGGGUCAUGUGUUUAAGCCUAAUGACAAGUAA